UUUUUUUUUUUUUUUUUUUUUUUUUGUAUACCUCAAAUCAAAUUAUUUGUUUUGCCUGUAGUUUUUGUACCUCUUUAUUGCACUAUGACAGUUGAAGCUCCAUGUGCAUUUCCUCUAGACUGCUGAUACUAUAUCAUGCUAUGAUUUAACCUAAAUGUUGUUUCUUCUCUUCUGUAGUUAAUCUUUUUUGAGAUCAGCCAACCAGUCAUCAUGUGGAUUUGUCUAGCUUGUCUAAAAUACCCUAUUUGUCUGAUUAUGAGUUUUCAACUUUCUCCUCUCCAACUUUUCUUUAAACUGCUGUAAUAUCUUGAUACUCUGAAGUUCAUUUUUGGUAUGUUUUAUGUGUCCUUCUUUCUAAUUUCUUUACAUUGAUUUUUUUAGUGGUUUCAAUCUGCAUGACUGUGUUUUAUACACAGGCAGUCUGACAAGGGUGAUACACGAGGUAGGAUAGGUAUUUAAAAAAGCACUUCUGCAACAGUUGAUUUCAGUCAAAAAUGUUGAGACAAGUAAAAAGGCUUGCUUAUGUAUUACUCAUACUGUAAAAAUGGAAGGAAGAAGAUGAAGUGUGACAUAACAGACUUCAGAAUGGGCUGAAAUGUAGGAAAAGCUUGUGAAAAGCGUUCCUCUCGAAGGCCAUACUGAAGCUGUUUGUGCUGUGGAUGCUGUCUACCAGUCAGAUGAACCUGAUUUAAAUCUGUUAAUAGCUUCUGCAGCAUCUGACUCUACUGUGAGGAUUUGGUCUCGACAUGAUUCAGAAAUUAAAUGCAUUGAAGUUCUGCAGUUUGGAAAUGGAUUUGUUAUGGAUGUUUCCUUAUCCUUCUUGCCUGGCAGCAGUGUACCAGUACUGGCUUGUGGUGGUGAUGACUGCAAAAUAAACUUGUUUAUACAGCAGAAUGGUCAGUUUCAGAAAACAGUAAUACUCCCUGGCCAUGAAGAUUGGAUAAGAGGCGUUGAAUGGGCGAUCUGUGGUGAUGAUCUGUUCUUAGCAAGCUGUGCUCAGGAUUGUUUGAUAAGAAUUUGGAAAGUGUGUACAAAAUCAAAGCAGUGUUCAGAAAUUGAGGAUGAUUCUAUCAGACUGAAAGAGAAUGUUUUUACUGUUAAAGAUACUGAUACAACAUAUGGAAUUACUUUGGAGUCUGUGCUGGCUGGCCAUGAAAACUGGGUGUAUGCAGUCCACUGGCAGCCUUCCUUUUCCAAAGCAGGUGGCAGCAUGCAACAACCAAUGAGGAUAUUGUCUGCAUCAAUGGACAAAACUGUGAUCAUCUGGGAACCUGAUAAAGAGUCUGGAGUUUGGCUAGAACAGGUGCGGGUAGGUGAAGUGGGUGGCAAUACCCUUGGAUUUUUUGACUGCCAGUUUAGUCCAGAUGGUUCAAUGAUCAUUGCUCAUGCUUUUCAUGGAGCAUUCCACCUUUGGAAACAGGCUUCAGUUAAUAAGAAAGAAUGGACUCCAGAAGUUGUGAUUUCAGGACAUUUUAACAGUGUUGAGGAUGUACAGUGGGACCCAGAAGGAGAAUUUAUCAUUAGCGUUGGUUCAGAUCAAACUACUAGACUAUUUGCUCCAUGGAAAAGAAAACAUGAGACACAGGUAACCUGGCAUGAAAUAGCCCGGCCUCAAGUACAUGGGUAUGACAUGCGUUGUCUGGCAAUGGUUGGCCGCUUUCAGUUUGUGUCAGGAGCAGAUGAAAAAGUGCUUCGAGUUUUUUGUGCUCCCAAGAAUUUUAUAGAAAAUUUCAGUAACAUCACUGGUAUUCCAAUGGAGAAGCUGUGUUCCCAUCAAUCUUCUGACCUUCCAGAAGGUGCAACUGUACCAGCAUUGGGUUUAUCCAAUAAGGCUGUUUUUGAAGGAGAUAUAUCUGCUCAAGUAGCUGAGGAUGAAGAAACGUUUAAUACUAUUUCUAAUCAGUAUCCUGAGGCAUAUUUUCAACCCCUGAUCCUUACAGAACCUCCUCAAGAGGAUCACUUGCUGCAGAAUACAUUGUGGCCUGAAAUUCAGAAGUUGUAUGGACAUGGAUAUGAAAUUUUUUGUGUUGCUUGCAAUAAUUCAAACACUGUAAUUGCCUCAGCGUGUAAGGCUUCCAAAAAAGAACAUGCAGCAAUUAUUUUGUGGUGCACUUCUUCUUGGAAGAAAAUACAGAGUUUGUCAUUUCACAAUCUGACUGUUACUCAGCUGGCAUUUUCACCUAAUGACAAACUUCUAUUAGCAGUGUCCAGAGACAGAAAUUGGUCACUGUGGAGGGAAGAAGUCUCAUCAGAUUCAGGACCAGUUUUCAGUUGCUGUGCACACACAGACAAAAAUACAGCUGUUCACAGUCGAAUCAUUUGGUCCUGUGAUUGGAUGCCAGAUAGCAAAUAUUUUGUUACUGGCAGUCGGGACAAAAAGGUCAUCAUCUGGGGUCAGUGUGAUUUAUCUGUGACUACUGAAGGCAGUGUGUUGGAUUCAAUCAAACCUUGUUCAACAGUACUGGAUGCUGGAGAUUCUGUUACUGCCGUUAGUAUCAGCCGUGUGCUUACUCCUGAUGGAAGGUAUAUUGUUGCAAUAGGCUUAGAAAAUGGGAAGAUUAACUUUUACACAUGGAAGCAGAGUGGACAAGAACCAUCAGCAGCUGACUGGACCGAGUGUGUUGAGAUGGAUAACAGCCAAAGCCAUGCUCUUGCUGUGAAACGUUUGUGUUGGAGACAUCGUGAGGGCAGAGCUGGACAUAAUGAUCAGAAAAACAGCGAGUGGUUGCAGCUUGCAAGUUGUGGAGCUGAUCACUGUGUUAAAAUAUUCAAUGUCAACAGAUUUGCUCUUUAACAGAGACAGCAGGCCUGUCUGUGCGAAAUUAAUUCGCAACACUUUUUCAGCAUUUUUUAAUCUUGUUUUUGAAUCGUUUUCUGCUGUGGAAAGUGAAACAUCUGAAAUAUAACUUAUUAAAACAACUUUGAUAACUGGAAA